GAGGAAAGUGGCAAAAAGGCUCUUUGCGGGGACGGGCAAAGGGACCUUCACUCGCCAUAUAAAGUUCCCAGAGUCGAUGGGUGGGUAUUACUACAUUUUGGCAGUUGGUAUUAAGUAAAUGUGUUUUUGAUCCAUGUCAUUUUCAUCUCUGCACGUUUGUUUUAUUGAAUGAAAUGUUUAUUGUGAUUUUUUUAACAAAAAAUUACUUUAAACAAUACCAGGCCUUCCACGAGGGCAGCUGUCCCUCUGCAAAACACCGGGAGAAUGCCUUCUCGAAGGUCAGCCGCAUCAGGUCCUUUUUGGCCUUCAUGGCCGGCAAGGACUCCUCCCUGGCAACCUGGCGCUUUUUAGAUAAGGCGGAGCAGAUCAUCCAAUGGCCCAACGUCCUGGCCGCUUCGGGGAAAAAUAUUACUACGGCAAACUUUUAUUUGAGGAAUGUCCUCCAGUUCAUGAUCUAUUUUAAGGAGACCCCCCCGAAGUUGGCCAGGCUCUCCCAAAGCCAGAUUACUGGCGUGAUCCGGGCCGUGAGGCAGGCCGUAAAAUCUAUCGCAAAAAAGAUGUUGGCCCACCAGCUGACAACCAAGGAUAAGAAGUUGUCCAAGGUCGUGUCGCAGGAGUCGCUCAGGCGGUGCCAGCUCGGUGCAAGGAAGGCGAUUCCUAAGCUGCUGAAGGAACUCCGGGAGGACUACACCGUCCAGCUCCGGAACGCCUUCUACGGCUAUUACAGCGCCUUCAUUGCAUCAAUUUAUGGGCACCGCCCGGGUGUGUUCAAGAUUAUGACGGUGGCAGAGGUCAGGGGGGCGGCCACUGAGGGCCGGCCUCCCACGGGCUACGUCAUCCGUGUGAAUGAGCACAAGACCUCCAAGGACUUUGGGCCGGCACAGAUUUUCCUGGAGCCGGAGGAGUACGGCUGGCUCCUCAAGUGGCUCCAGGUGAGGGAGACCUGCAAUCCGGCGGGGGACCGGGUGUUCUUCACCCCUGGAAAAGGGCCGUUGAAGAACCUGGUCCGGUAUAUGCAGGAGGCGUGGGCGGAGAUGGGCUUGCCCGGAAAGCCCACAUUCAUUGACCUGAGGACCGCCGUGUCUACACACGUGAGAUUCUGCUUGCUUGUUCGUUUAAGUUCAUUCCACCGCUCGCUCCUCCUCGUGUGUCACUCACUUUCUCUCACUGUCUCUCCUUGCAGGCAAAGAACGUGCACGGUCCGGAGGUGCGCAAUAAAGUGGCCAAAUUUAUGUGCCACAACACCACCACGGCUGACCGCUAUUACGCCCUACAUAUGGACGUGCAGCAGUCGCGUGCGAUGCGGCGGCAUUUCGAAGAGGCCUCCACUCUGCCCCGCCUUGGUGACUCACUCUCAUUCUCGCAAAAGGCCAAAAAGGUUGGCCACAAAAGAGCAGCGCAGGAGGAGAGUGACAGUAGUUCUGUCAGCGACGAGGCGGUCCCGUACCAGGAGUCGGGAGACUCCUGCGUGGAGGAGGAAAGGUGGGAGCUGGAGAUGGAGGAAGAGGAAGAGGGACGGGAGGAGGAAGAGGGACAGGAGGAGCAGGGGGAAGAGGAGGAGGACGUCACUGCGGGGCCAGCAGCAUCUACACCAGUCAAGACACAGAGGAGGCAGCUAUACCAGAACCUGAUGGUGCGCCUGAGCCUGCUGGAGUCAUCUUUUAAGGCCUCCAGGAGGGCGUUAAGAGCUGCCAAACGGGCAGCUCUUAAAUCCCCAAGGACUGGAAAAAACAAGUGGAAAAAAAAAAGUGUAAAAUAAACACUGAACUGACUUGUAUAUAUUUUUUUGUUCACUUCAAAUUGU